ACAUUUGACAACUACUCAAGAGUGAAGACAAAUUAUAAAAAAGAUCCUAUCAUCAUUGUGUAGACUUGUUAGACAAAAGUGUAUAAUUUUGUGAAUAUUAAUGUUAUUACGUAAAUUGUUUUCCAUGAAGCUACCAAAAUGACUUCGCCAAAAACCGAUACUUUCAAAGAUACAGUGACCGUGCUCAUUAACGCUUUAGGAGAUAAUGAUAAUUCUGUUAACAAUGUUGUAAUAAAAUCCCUUGCUAAGAUAGCCAAUGUUUAUCCAAAUGAAGUUAUCGAAAUAUUUUGUGAGUUUUAUCAGAACACGGUUAAAUCGAACCUUAUACAGUUAGGAAACAUUGUUAAAGUCUUAGAACAGACAUGUGUAAACCAAGUGAAGAAAUUAGAUCAGAAGGUAGCAGGAGAACUUGUCAAUUCAAUGCUGCGAGCAAUGACAGAGAAUACCACUUACGAACCAGUAGUCCAAUUGGGUGCAUCGUCUGUUUUAGUAGCUAUUGGCCAUGAGUACUUGGAUUUGGUACUACGAUCUCUCAUUAAUCAAAUGACCCCAGCAUCAGUUCCUCAUUAUACAAUCGCCCACACGCUGGGCACCCUGGCUGCGGUCAACACGCAUGGAGUGGUGCCGCACGUCAAGGAGAUCCUUGGCAAAAUGCUACCGUUACUUCCUUUGGUCAAACAGGAUGGCGUAAAACAAGCGUUCGCUUAUGCAUUUGGCCAUUUUGCCGUCGCCGUGUCUGAACAGAUAGGUGAUAAUGUCGAAAACGACAAUAUAACGUCGAUAAAGGAUAAUUUUGUCACGGAAUUCACGAUCGUAUUUGACGUGCUGUACAACCAGUGGCUACCGUCUCACGAGCCGAAAGUAUCAGAAUCAGUACUCGAAGCUCUUGGGCCCAUCACUAGACUCAUUUCUGAGAGACAAUUUAAUGAAACUGUCAAUAAAUUUGUACUUUCCCUUCUAUCUUUAUACCGCAAACCGGCGAUAAAUUUCUACUGCAUCAGUCAGUGCAUAUCAUAUUUAUUGUCUCCAUCGCCCUUAAACCCAAAACUAUCCUUGAACGAUAACGUGAUAAAUUCAAUCAACAAUGUUCUAUUUAACUUGGUUCUUUUAGAGCCAGAUUACGACCAACCACAUACUGUCAAAAAUCACUUCGAAGUACUGCGUUGUUUUGACCAUAUGGCAGGACAGUUUCCCGACCAAACAGUCGAAACACUGCUGCACCAUUGUAAAAAUAACCAAGAAAAAGAAAGAAUGAAAGCUGUCAUAAUUUUAACUCAUCUGACAACAUCGUCUCAAGUUUUCAUCGAUAAUUUUGCAUCGAAGUUCACAACUAUUUUGAAAGUAAUGGUUGUAAUGGAACAAGGAGUCAAAAUGAAAAAAUUGCUCGUCAAAGCGAUCGUUGGACUUGUAUACAGAAAUUGUAUAAUGGCUGCUGAGGAUUUUUCUAUGGUUGAGUUUAUAAUAAAACAUUGCGGUUACGAAGCUCCGCCGACUGUUUCGAAAUCAGACGUACUAGAUUUGCAUGAUACCUGUAAAAGUUCGCUUAUACUUAUGUGUAAUACGGUAACGAGUGUGAGGUCGCAAUUACGUAAUUUGUUAUUGUACUCCCUUACCGUCGAUGAAUUUACUUCAUCUAUGUCGACGGUGAGUCAUUGUCUGACCUCUUUGCUGCAAAAUAAUUCAGACGUCACGACCGACGACCAGUCUAAUAAGCUUACUGAUAUGAUAUGCUCUCCGGAUCUCGUUUUUGUACGAUGCAUCACACGCGUAGUUGAUCCAGACCAAAGAGAUUUGAAUAAGAAUUUGCUUCUAUUUCUCGAAGAAUUUUCCGGAGACGUGCAUAAGAAUUUGAAAAAUUCUUGGAGUAUAGAAAUCCAGAGGUUAUUGAAAUUUGUCGAAAAAAACGAAUCGAAAGAGCAAUGGCAUGGAAUGUUGUUGGAUCUCAUGAUUUCGGCGGUGGAACAGGUUAAUAGCAACAAGUGGGUGGAAACAAUAUCAACUUUGAUAUCUCAGCAAAUACUUUCUAAGAAACAGUCGCCGAUGAUUAAAGGAGUAUCUCUUCAAUAUUUAGCCAUACUCUCAUGUCACAUGUCAAAUGCCGCCGUAGUGGAGACAGUGCUUAAAAUAAUACUAUUCGCUCUAAAAUCUAUUCCUAUGGAAAGCGUUGAUUACGUCAGCAAAGCAGUGGGCAUUGCGUCGCGAGAACACGGUGAAUUCGUUCUCAAUGAAUUGGAUGCGACGUAUAAAGAAAAUGAAGCUAGACGAGGCAAUAAAUUGCUCAAUUUCUUAUCGUCCAGAUCAUCAAAAACUGAAGUUGAAUUAUCAGUAGUCAAAUACGCAGUUAUAACAUGCUAUGGAAAAGUCGCCUGUGAUUGUCUCGACGUACAUGUGUUAGCUAGGUUAGGGGAAAAUGUCACAUCAAUAUUAUUUGAAAUUCUGAAAUCUAAUCCACCUUACGACCUAUGCAAAGCUAGUGUUACAACUUUAUACGAGAUAAGUAAAGCUCUACAUCCAGCUGCUCAUCAUAAUGUCGCUUUGAGAAAUCGCUGGCAAUUAUUGAACGCUGUGUUAGAACAAAUAUAUAACGCGAAUCUGGAUAAACGAAACGUAGAACUAUAUCCAAUCAUUGUAAAAGCGUCGAAAGCCCUGACAAAGUUACAAAAAGGUAUCUUGCCCGAAGAAAGGAAUACUAUCCUGAGAGUUUUAUUUAACAGCAUCUUUGGGGAACUCUCGUCUUUUAAAAGAAAGUACGAGAUAGAAGGGAAUGGCGAUAAAAAUGACUUAUUAGCGAAAACCUUAAACGACUCAUUGUCUCUUUUGCACGACUUAAUUAGAGAGUUGAUUAUCCAAUCAACCUGCUUAAGCACGAUCGAUGAUAUCGUUAGCUUAUUAAUUGAAUGGAUGCGUCACGACAACGACGAGAUUCGUACAGCUGCUGUAUUAAUCAUGCAAGUAGUGUUAGAUGCAUAUAUAAAAAACGUAAAACUCAAUUAUGAAACGCCGAGCAAAUUUGGCCAGAUGGGCUAUUUGCUGGGUCUAAUUGUACCCGGCGUCGCUGACACGAACUUUCCAGUUAGGUUAACGACAGUCGAUUGUAUAAAAAUAAUAAUUCAGAUACAAGAUUUGUACGAAGGUCACACGAUUGAGCCCAAUGACGAAUGCAUGUCGAACCUGUCCCAGCUACAGAAUAAUAUAUUGACUAAUGACUUAAACAUGAUAAGUGAUUAUUGUACGAAAUUGUGCGAUACUAUAUGGUCCAAAAUACCACAUUUACAUACUAUGCAAUUCAUAGAAAGUCUCCUAGAAGGAUACGAUAAUCAAGAAUUUAGAAGCGUUGGGAUAAGUUCGGUUUUGGAUGCAUUUAUCGUAAAGAAGGGUCAGGAUUUAUUCCAAAGCAUAGAACGGAUAGUCGAGGUGUUACUCAUGACGAUGGACGAAGUGGUCGAUGAUGCUAGGAUGAGACUAAUGAGGCCACUGACGUCAUUGACACGUCACCAUUCUAAUGCCGUCACCGCUGUUCUGCUUGCACAAAAGCUCCCACUGAAAUCGUGCGUUGUAUCUUGCUGGCGGUUCUUGGCUAGAGACGAAAGUCUAUCUACUGUCAUUGUAGAUAACUUCCUACGUCUGAUGACCUCAAUUGAACUUUACGAGGAUCCUUACCAUAUCACUGAAAAUCACAUUGCUGCGUUACAGCCUCUGACUCUCAUUAGCGCUCUUGGUGAGAUGUUACAAGAGGAGGCCAUGAGACCAAUAUGUAUCGCUAAAUUCCCUGACCUCUUCGCUGUCUUGUACACGACACUAGCAUGCUACAUGGAGGCAGAGCCUCCCGCAUACUCCUUACCACAGAACAGAGCACAGGAGAGGUUCGGCUUCGUGCCCAACAGGGAAUCCAUCAAGUUGUCUCCUGCUAAGAUAACCAUCAACACCUUUAACGCGUUUUUGGAACGCGCUGAUUGUUAUAAGGUGAAGGAAGCGUGCUCGCUGUGCCUGACGGUGGAGCACGGAGACAGCUCUAGCACGCUAAUGGAGCUGGCGCCGCUGCUGGGCGGAGCGCUGAGCCGGGCGCUGCCGGCGCAGCUGCAGCGCGUGUCGGUGCGCGUGGCGCACUACGCGCGCUGCACUCUGCCGCCGCAGCGGUGCGCCGCGCUCGCCUUACUGGCGGACUUACUCAACUACCGCUGCAACGACAACCCGGUGCUGAUCGAGUGCGUGCUGUCGUCGCUGAGCACGGGCUGGAAGGACGAGCACGUGCGCGUGCGCGCGGCGUGCCUGCGCGGCGCCGCCAACGUGUGCCGCCUGCGCGAGCCGGCGCGCGCGCUGGCGCUGCCCGCCGCGCUCGCCGCGCUCAGCCAGGGCGUCGACGCGCAGCAAUUGCCAUCUCCAUUCGAAAACGUUCCGCUCGCCGCUAUCCAAGGCCUUAGCCGUCUCAUCACAGAAACGGACAAACUCGACCAAGAGUUCGACAGAGAACUGCUCUCGAUAUCGCAAAAAAUACGCCCGUUCAUGAACACGGACUGCGCGCUACUGAGAGAGCACUCCAUACGACUGUUUGGUAUCAUCGCGGGUCGGGUGCAGUCGGAGGCGCUCGUGGAGCAGGCCGUGGCGUCUCUGCCGUGCUUCCUGCUGCACCUGUGUGAUAAUAACCCUUCUGUGGUGAGGGCGAGUAAAUUCACACUACGUCAAGUUUUCAAAACGUUCAACGUGAAGAAAUCCAACGAUUUCGUCCAAACUCACCUUUUGGACGAGGGUCGGUUGUACUUGGACGAGUUCCUGACAGCCCUCGUGCGCCAGCUCGCAGACGAGAUGCCGUCCUCCGUGGUCAAAUGCCUGCAGACAGCCGUGAAUUAUUUGCACUGUGCUAGAGAUGAGAUCAAACCCCAUCCGCCAUUGUUGUUGGGUAUCCUGUACGCGGAGCUGUACCGCAUCCGCGACAAGUACCCGGAGGAGACGCGGCUGGACGGCGCCGUGUCGCGCGGCGCGCGCGCGCGGCUGCUGGUGCUGGCGCGCGACGCCGACGCGCGCGUGCGCGCCGCCGCCGCGCUCGCGCUCGCCAACGUGUGCCUCGCCGGCGCCACGACGGCCGACUGAGGGUUGUGCGCCCCCCGUGGUAGGGCGCCGGCGGUGCGUAUUCGCAGACGAAUAUUUUCGUAUUAUAUAUAAUUAUAUUAGAAUUAGAUGUAAGUUUCGUCUGUGUCGAUAAAGAUAUUCUGUUAGGUUUCCAUUGAACGGUUGUCAAUUUCCGUGUUUGCAACUUUUAUUGUUCUUCUGGAAAUUAUCAACAAUUAAAUCAAUAUUUUUGAGGACUGAGCUUAACGCAUCGAAGUCGGCGACUUUCGUCUCAUGGUAUAACGCGCACUACACGGGAUGGUAAUCUUAAAUUAAUUGAAACAUUUUUUCUCUCAUAGGAAUCAUUGAAUAAUCAUCACGUUCAACGCUCUAUGUGUUCCAAUAAAUGCAACACGUAGACCGUUGAACGUGAUUCUCGUGUAGUGACGUCAUAGUCGAAAAUCGAUGAGACUAAUUCAUACUAAAUAGAGCCUUAUAAUGUUAAUUAUGAAUAAAAUGAACUUUAAAUUUACUAAUAAACGUGUAAUCUAUUCCAUAAAAUUACCAUUAUUGUAAGUAAAAAUAUAUAGUAAGAUGAGUUAUAGCUUCGAGUUUUAUUAUAUUGUAGAAGUUAAUGCGUAUAGUCAUAGUGUAAGUUAUAUUCUAAUAUAUAUAUAUAUAUUUACGAAGUUUGAUCGCUAGUUGAAUUAGCUUCUGCUAGUAAUAUUAGAGAAAAUAAAAAAAAAAAGUUUAUAAAAGUGAAAAAUGAGAUUUAGCAUCAGCCUGUAUAACCUGAUCUAUAGAAUUUGUCUUUGUGUCUUAUUGUUGCAGCUGGCCGAAUGUAUUUAAAUUGUUUCUAGCUGUUGUAGGAUAAAUAAUAUUUUUCGUCGUUGAUAAAACUUUUAAUAUAUUAUGCAAUAUUUAAAAUUCAAUUUGUUAUCAAUAAAAAUUAUAAUGCUAUUUGAUAUGUCCUUACGAUUGGAUUUAAAAUGUUUUUAACGUUUG